UAUCAGGGCCAAGAGAGAAUCAUGGUGGCGCAUCCGAUACUCUUCUGCCUGCUCUUGCCUCCCCCGAGAACAUUUCUUUCAAACGGACCAGAUAGGCAGCUAUAAAAGCAAUUGCUGCCACUUCUUCCACUCUCAUUUGUUCAAAAGGUAGCAAAAAGUGCGGGUUUUCUCCCAAAGUCAGAAAGUGAAUCAGAGCCGCAAGAGCAAAAAAAAAUUGUGGUUAGGAUUUCGGAGAUUUUUGGUGGGAGAUUCUCAGGAAGUCCCCAGAAACCGGUUUGUCCAACCAAGACACUUCCAAAGCUGUGAGAAUUUUGUUGGACACGCCUGUGCUCUGGGUGGCAGAAUGAAGUUCGCCGAGCACUUGUCCGCCCACAUAACUCCAGAAUGGCGGAAGCAGUACAUCAGCUACGAAGAGAUGAAAGCUAUGCUGUACACAGCACUGGAGGAAGCUCCAUCGGCUGAGGCAGUGGAGGAGGAUAUCCGGAAGAGACACUAUAGCAAUUUUGAAGAGACUUUUUUUACGUACUGCGAUCAGGAAUUGAAGAAGAUUAAUACAUUUUUUUCGGAGAAACUUGCUGAGUGUACGAGGAAAUUUGCCGCGCUGUCGACGGAACUGAAGAGAUGCCAGGAAGAGAGUCAGAAGGGGAAGUCAAAGCAUAAGUCUUCCAUGAAUAAAUACACAGAUAUUCCUUAUAGGAAAGCCCAGGAAUUGCGUCUGGCAUUUAGUGAGUUCUAUUUGAGUGUUAUCUUGCUGCAGAAUUUCUGUGAAUUGAAUCACACGGGCUUCCGGAAGAUUCUCAAGAAGCACGAUAAACUCCUGGCCACGGAUCAUGGGGCCAAGUGGAGGCAGGAACAUGUGGAAACGUCACAUUUUUACACGAAUAAAGAUAUUGAUAGGAUUAUCAGUGAGACGGAAUCUCUGGUGACGCAUGAACUGGAAGGUGGAGAUCGUCAGAGAGCCAUGAAACGCCUGAGAGUUCCGCCAUUGGGGGAGCAACAGAGCCCAUGGAUAACAUUCAAGGUCGGCCUGUUUUCUGGUGGAUUCAUUGUAUUAUUCAUCACAGUUGUCCUUUCGGCCAUUUUUCACGAAUCUGCCGGAGAUAAUCUCAAAGUAGCCUUUAGGCUCUAUCGUGGUCCUCUGCUUCUCAUUGAAUUCCUCUUCCUCAUCGGCAUAAAUAUCUACGGAUGGCGUUCUUCAGGGGUAAAUCAUGUUCUAAUCUUUGAACUCGAUCCCCGGAAUCAUCUUUCUGAGCAGCAUUUGAUGGAAUUAGCGGCAAUUUUUGGCGUUGUCUGGACACUAAGUAUGCUGAGUUUCCUGUACAGUUCCAGCCUGAGUAUUCCAGCUUUUGUAAAUCCCCUGGCACUCUCCCUGAUAAUGCUCAUCUUCCUCUGCAAUCCCUUCAAAAUCUUCCGGCCCGAAGCGAGAUUUUGGCUGUUGCGAAAAAUUGGCCGAAUGAUAGCUGCACCCUUUUUUCACGUCGGUUUUGCCGAUUUCUGGCUAGCCGAUCAACUAAACUCCCUCGUGACUGCCCUUCUUGACUUCCAGUUCCUCAUCUGCUUCUACAUCACAAACGGAAAUUGGCUGGAAGCCGGAGAUGCAAGAUACCAUACCGAACGUGAUUUUAUCCUAAGACCAAUUGUCAAUUGCCUUCCGGCAUGGUUUCGGUUUGCACAGUGCCUCAGACGAUACCGGGACUCCCGUGAAGCCUUUCCCCAUCUCGUGAAUGCCGGCAAAUACUCAACGACAUUCCUCGUGGUCAUUUUUGCCACACUCAAAUCCUACCAUGCCUCCGAGUACGACAGCACCUUUGAGAAUCCCUAUGUGAUUCUCUGGCUCCUGAGUGCUGUCAUCUCAUCCGUCUAUGCCUACCUGUGGGACAUCAAAAUGGAUUGGGGUCUUUUUGACAAGAAUGCCGCAGAGAAUCGCUUUCUGCGCGAAGAAAUUGUCUACUCCUCGACAUCUUUCUACUAUUUUGCCAUAGUGGAGGAUGCCCUACUGCGACUGUCCUGGCUGGGAGCCUUUGUGCUGUCAGAGGCAAAAAUUGUGUCCGGAGAAGUGAUGACAUCGAUCACGGCUCCUCUGGAGGUGUUUAGGCGCUUCGUCUGGAAUUUCUUCCGACUGGAGAAUGAACAUCUGAACAACUGUGGCAAAUUCAGAGCUGUCCGGGACAUCUCCAUUGCCCCCAUUGACUCCUCCGAUCAGACCACCAUCCUGCGCAUGAUGGACGAGAUUGACGGAGUUGUUAAUAGGUAUGGCAAAAUGAAUCGACCAAAAGCGAGGAAAUCGAAGGAUCCAGAGAGAAAGUCUCUCCUGUCACCGUACAAAGGAUCUCUGCAGGAUCUGACAAUAGAUAUGGGUGGGACGAAAAAGUUGUGAGACAGUGAAUUCACAGGAUGAAAUCAUCAAAAAAAAAUUGUUACUUAAAACUAUUGCCUCUGUUUUCUCUUUUCGUACACUCUGGCAGUAUUUUACAGUGUGUGUUGUCUUUUUAAUUUUUAGUUAGGAACUGUAAGAUGAAAAGUCUUUGGAAGAUCAUUCCUCUUUUGUGAGAAAAAAUAUAUAUGUAAUAAAAAAAGUAAAUCGAAUUAGUAA